AUCCGUGCGAAAGAAUGGAAAGAUUCAUGUAAAUGAUCAAACGCAGUUAACUACACACGGAUAUCUGUUAGAGUUGUAAAUGCAUCUCCUACGGAUUACAGUGACAAUACAAAGAAAACCACGCAGCCUCUAAUUAAACCCUAAUAUCCUUUUUUUGCCUCAAUUUCCUUUCAAACCCGCUGCAGUCCCUCUUUCUCUAUCUGUCUCCCUCACAAACUCCCCAUCUCACACCGCCACCACCAUUAAGAGCAGUGGAGAGAGAUGACCAAAGCCCGGUUCUUACCACCCCAACACACGACCUCAAAAGACUGCACCAUUACUCGAAGUUACCACAAUCACUUUCUCAAGACGCCACCGCCAUCAACGAGUUCAGACCAAGCCGAUUGUCUUAGCCAUGAAUUCUUGUCUCCAAUUGAUGCCGGUCGACUGCCACACGCGCCUUCAUCGGAGUUUUAGCUUCUGCUGAGAUUGGAAUCCCCAUCUCCAAGCAUGAGAAUCAAAAGCUUGUGCUUUUUCGUCCAUGUCAUCUUCGUCUUCUUCUUCUCUUUAAUUGGGAACUACCAUUGUUGGUUAAUGGUGUUCCUUGGUUAAUGCCACUUCAUGUAGGUUACUGUGUUUUUGUUGAUGCUGAGCAUGCUCUUGAUCCUACACUGGCUCAGGCGAUUGGGGUAAAGACCGAGAAUCUAUUUCUAUCGCAACCUGAUUGUGGAGAGCAAGCCCUCAGUCGUGUAGACACUCUAAUCAGGAGUGGUUCAGUUGAUGUUGUUGUUGUUGACAGUGUGGCUGCCCUAGUGCCUAAGUGCUCGUCCUAUGAUGAUGCACCCAUCAAUUCCUAUUGAUGAAGACUUGCAACAAACCUUGUCCUUCUUUGAAAAGAUUGCAGCAAGGCAUGGAGGUCUGGGCAUGUUGGGUUUGGAAGAUGCUACUUUUCAUUGUUUGAUUGAAUCAUUUCCACGUCUUCUGUUGUGUUUCAUACUAAUACGUACCUUGUAUUUCAUUGAUUUUCUGGAAGCUGAGAAGGCCAUUAUAGCGGGGGAUUCAGCUGGUUCUCUUGUAGCAGUUGAGCAUAUUUUGAAGCACCAGAACGUGUGGCUGCUCUACUCCUUAUUUGACCACAAAUACAAUAUCUCUCAGAGCAUAGAGCAAUGUCAGAGGAAGAGUUUGAUUCUUCCUCUAUAGUUCGCCUCAACAUUGGAGGACAACAAUUCUGCACGACUGUUUAUACUUUGAUUCAUCGGGAACCUAAUUCUAAGCUUGCUGCAAUUAUGCACCAAGACCCUGAAAUCAAAUAUGUUUUUUAUGAUAGGGAUGGCCAAAUUUUUAGUCACAUUCUUAAUUGGCUACGGCACGGUGUUCUUCCGGACUUUGAAGUUGUUGAUGCCAAAGAACUUCUCAGAGAAGCAGAAUACUAUCAACUACAUGGGCUGAAGGAUAAUAUACCAGAUUUUACAAGCAGUUAUAUUUGUUCAUUUGGAUCAGCUCCCUAUCCAAAUAGACGUAAAUUUCAAGGUGCUAAACUUUGUGGCCUCAAUCUUUCAUCUCAAGCAAAUUUCACAAGCAGUGAUUUUAGGAGUGCAUGUCUAAGAAAUGUGUCAUUCUCACAUUCAAAUCUUAUGAGUUCAAAGUUCGACAUAGCAGAUGCUGAGGGUGCUGACUUUCGCAUUGCAAAAUUGGUAUUUUGUUCAUUUACUGGGGCGAAUCUCCGUAGAGCUUUGUUUUCUGGUGCAGAACUGUUGUCUGCAACCUUAAACAAUGCUGAUCUUAGAAAUACCAAUUUGGAGGGAGCCAACUUGAGGCGUGCAACCUUGAACAAUGCUGAUCUUAAAAAUGCCAAUUUGGAGGGAGCCAACUUGAGUUAUGCAACCUUAAACAAUGCUGAUCUUACAAACGCCAAUUUGAAGGGAGCAAACUUGUUUCAAGCUAUGUUGAAAGGUGUCAAGUUGAGCAAGACUAAUUUGAAGUAUGCAGAUCUUCGAGGUGCUUAUCGCUGGUUAUCAGAAGCCGAUCUUGAAGAAGCUUACUUGGAGGGUGCAAAGCUUACCAGCUGUUUCCCAUUUCUGUGGUAAUUAUAUGAUCACAACUGCUUGCUUGUUUUGCACUUGUUUAAUUGGUUGUGUAUUAUUUCCAUGCAUAAUUCAAUGAACUUUUUUUUC